CUCUGGUUCACAUCGACACGUAUUAGGAGCAACAUCCUCCAGCACGUUUCCUCCCUGUGAUGCUGCUGUUCGCUGCGCGCACAUCAGUAAAUGAAUCACGUAGCACUAGAACAGCCCUUCUUCAUGCGAUCUUGCCAGACCCUAUCGGAGAAACCCCCCUCAAGGCAAAGAUCUGUCACUGCUCACUCAUUCGCUGGAAGACGAUCAGAAAGUAUGUUAAAUGCGCCCAGAAACACACGGGAGUGCGUUGCGAGGGCUUCGAGUGGCUUCCGGUCAGAUCGGCUCAACACAGUGAGGGGAGCGGGUUUCAACAGUUGACGCGGAGAGGAGAGAAACCUGUGAGCGCAGGAGAAGCGAUUAAUUUUGAUUAUCUGAAAUCUUCCAGCACCUCUGUGUGGCUCAUUUUUUCCUCCCGCUCGUUUUACGGGUCAGUGCUGAAGGGAAUUGUCUGGAAUGAAGGAUGGAAGAGCACCGGGUCCAAUUGGACUGGAUUAUGGGAUUACUGGACUGAUUAUAGGACAAUCAUCGGGCAAAAGUCGCAGGCGCUCUUGAGCACAAAAGGUUGGAACUGGAGUAUUUCUCAGCUCUGCAUCCUGCUUGUUUUAUUUUUUAUUCCACUUUGUGAGCAGACUGUGUAUGGGCGACGCGGAGCGAACGCGUAUGUGCAACAGUGUGCCGCACAGGAGAAAGGGGGAAAGUAACAUGCGACGUGAAUGGCAAAUGCUGCAUUUUGAAUGGCCAUGUCAGUGUUUCGCAGUAGCCUAGGUGUAGAUGUCGCAUGAGGGCAAUGCGCUUUUGCGAGCCGCGCUCUAACCUUCAACCACGAGAUUUAAACGCUUUAACCUUGGAUGCGGUUGGGAAUAUGAAUACUUUAUAGUCAUCGAUUAUUCAUCAAGUCCCCCUACACACACAUACACACACACACGCACGCACGCACGCACGCACACACACAUUACGUUUGGGGGAGGAAAAAAAAAAACAAAGAGAAACAAAGCAUCUCUCUUGUAGUGGUGCCGAAUUUGAUAUUUAAUUCAUACAUCAGGUGUCGUCGAGCGGUCAUCUUUGUUUACAGAAAGAGUUCGUCCCAGCUACACCGCAUCCAAAAAAAAGGUCAAGAUMCAAAUUAAAAAGGGAGAGCACGGUUCAGGGAUCGGUUUAAUACCUAAUUAGUGUGAGAUCAGCGUGAAAGCCGUGCCCGGUGCGGGUUAGAGCACUAGGUUUUUUCUGUCUUUCUUUUUUUUCUCCUAAUCAACAGGUUGAAAGUCAACCAGUUUUUUUUUUUCAGUCUACCACUGCUGCAUAUCCACUUAGAAGGGAUGCGUCUCUCUGCACCCGUUUUCCUUUUGCUGUGGGUGAAAGCCCUCACGUUAAAAAACCUCAAUUAUUCCGUCCCGGAGGAGCAGGGACCUGGAACUGUUAUAGGCAACAUAGCAAAAGACGGCGGAUAUGGGACUGUAGAGAGAGGGAAGAAAUCCAACUUCAGGGUUCUGGAGAAUUCAGCCCCGCAUCUGGUGGAUGUUGACCCCGAGAGUGGACUAAUCUUCACCAAACAAAGGAUUGACAGAGAGACGCUAUGUAGGCGCAACCCCAAGUGCCAGCUCUCUAUGGAGGUGUUCGCCAAUGACAAGGAAAUUUGCAUGAUCAAGAUUGAUAUACAGGACAUCAAUGACAACUCCCCCAGUUUCCCCUCAGAUCAUGUGAAUAUUGAUAUUUCUGAGAAUGCAGCUGCUGGGACACGCUUCCCCCUCACUAUUGCACAUGACUCAGAUUCUGGGGAAAAUGGGAUAAAGACCUAUCAGGUUACAAGAGAUGACUACAAUACCUUUUCUUUGGAUUUAAAAGUGAGGGGUGAUGGGACUAUAUACCCAGAACUGGUGGUUCAGAGACCCCUCGAUAGGGAGGAUCAGAGUCAUCACACUCUUCUUCUUACUGCAAUCGAUGGUGGGGAGUAUCCRAGAUCGGGCUCCAUGCAAAUCAAUGUCAGAGUGACUGAUUCAAAUGACAAUAGCCCUGUUUUUGAAAAAUCUUCCUAUGUGCUAGAGAUUCCUGAGAAUUCUCCCCCUGGAAAAAUACUUAUAGAUCUGAACGCCACUGACCAGGAUGAGGGAAGCAACGGGCAGGUGGUCUAUUCCUUCACUGGAUAUGCAUCUGAGCGAAUACAAGAUUUGUUCUCAAUAGACCCAAACACUGGCGUCAUUAAGGUCCAGGGAGAGAUUGACUUUGAGGAGAAUCCAAUCAUAGAGUUUGAUGUGCAGGCAAAGGAUCUGGGGCCCAAUCCGAUACCAGGACAUUGUAAAAUUACUGUGAAAGUGCUUGACAAAAAUGAUAACCUGCCAAUAAUAAGUUUUGUCUCUGUUCGGCAGGGAGCAAUCAGUGAAGCAGCUCCUCCAGAGUCUGUAAUAGCACUGGUCAGAGUGACUGAUAAAGACUCAGGGCGUAAUGGCCAACUCCAGUGCCGGGUUCUUGGAAAUGUCCCCUUCAGACUUCAGGAAAACAACGAUAAUUUCUACACUCUGCUUACAGACAGACCUCUGGACAGAGAAACGAAAGAUGAAUAUAAUGUCACAAUYGUUGCAAGAGACAACGGGAACCCAUCUUUGAACAACACCAGGUCAUUCACUGUGAAAAUCUUAGAUGAGAACGACAAUGCACCGCGCUUCACAAAGACACUCUACGUGCUGCAGGUGCCUGAGAACAACAUCCCGGGAGAGUACUUGGGCUCCGUCGUGGCACAUGAUCCAGAUGUAGGUCGUAAUGGAACUGUUUCAUACUCCAUACUGCCAUCCCACAUUGGAGAUGUAUCGGUCUACACAUACGUGUCUGUUAAUCCCACAAACGGAGCAAUCUACGCCUCUCGCUCCUUCAACUACGAGCAGACAAAAUCCUUUGAGUUCAAGGUUCAAGCAAAAGACAGCGGCUCUCCUCACAUGGAGAGCACUUCUACAGUCAGGGUCAAUGUCCUUGAUGUGAAUGACAAUCUUCCAGUUAUUAUUUUACCGCUGCUKCAGAAUGAUACGGCUGAGAUCCCAGUACCUAGAAACGUGGGAAUUGGGUACAUUAUUGCUACAGUAAAAGCAGUGGACCAUGACCAUGGAGAAAGUGGGCACUUAACCUAUGAGAUCACAGAGGGAAACGACGACCACCUGUUUGAGAUAGACCCAGUGGGAGGAGAGGUCAGAACUGCCCAUGCUCUCUGGGAGGAGAUUGCCCCUGUGGUUGAGCUGGUGGUGAGAGUAACUGACCAUGGCAAACCCCCCUUAUCUGCUGUGGCUAAGCUGAUCAUUAAGGCGAAUACGGAAACGACGACAGGAGGGGGUUCCAGCGCGAGUGGGGAACAGCAGCACUGGGACGUGUCCCUGCCCCUCAUAGUUACCCUCUGCAUUAUCUCUGUCAUGCUCCUGGCCGUCAUGACUGCCAUCGCUGUCAAGUCCAAGCAUCAAGAUAAGGAUGCUGGGAAUUAUAACUGCCGCAUGGCUGAGUACUCCAAUCCUCCGGUGGGGAAGGGAAAAAAGAAACGGAUCAACAAGAGUGACAUCAUGUUGGUGCAGAGUGAGAUGGAGGAGAGGGAUUCUGCGAGCCGGAUGAACGUUGUCAGUAGCCCAUCUCUGAUCACCUCACCCAUAUGCUUCGACUACCAGAGCCCGCUGCCGCUCACACUGCCCAGGUCAGAGGUCAUGUACCUGAAAACCACCCCAAACAGCCUCACUGUGCCCAGGUCRGGGUGCCACUCCAGUUUUGCUGGGCUGAACACAGACACUCAAGCGAAUAGGAUGUCAGUGAUACAGGUAAGCAGGUUACAAGUUAUGACAACUUAUGCUUAAUUUUGCUCCUCUCUGUCUGUUCCAUUCUGCAGCUCAACAUUUAAGGAUGCAGAACGAGCAAGUCUCAGAGACAGUGGCCAUGGUGAUAGUGACCAGGCUGAUAGUGACCAGGAUACUAAUAAAGGCUCACACUGCGACACAUCUGCCAGGGAGGCCCUCAAGAUGAAAGCGGCAGCAGUUAAUGGCCAGCCUUUUGAGAAGGAGCAAGACAAAUCAGUCCACUGCACCGAUGAAUGUCGUGCACUGGGACACUCUGACAGAUGCUGGAUGCCAAAGUUACGGGUAGGAAGCCAAGCAGACAGCGCAGAUAAUCGCACCAACCUUUUCAUCCCUGUGGGAAUGGAUGCCAUGGUAGAGACAGAGAUUUAUGGCACCAUCAGCUGCAGCAGCAGAAAAACCCUCACCACGUUUGGAAAAGAACAGCGGGACAGUACAAUCCUCGUGGCCAAUGUUAAACCUUACUUAAAAUCGCAGCGUGCGCUAAGCCCACCGCUCCAAGAGAGUCCAUCUGCGUCCAGCAGCCCCACCAAGAGCGGCGCGCCCCCGGACUUGGCCAGCCGAGAGCCCAAAGAAGAGAGGGACGGGGGAUCAGACAGCAGUGCCUAUGGCCCUCCAGAUGGCCAAUGCUCCCCACUGCACACCGAGYUGGAGGAGCCCUCCUACCUGACCUGUGAGCUCAGGCCUAAGUCCCUGUCAAGCUGUCUCAUUCACAGCUCUGUCAUCAGUCAAGAGUGUGGGGGGUCGGAUUGUGCUCCCGACCAGAGGGACUCCGGCAACUGACAGGUGUGGUGACGGCACUCUCCAGCUCCCUCUCACCUGCCAUGGAUGUGAUGAUGAUGAUGAUGAUGAUAAUAAUGAUGAUGAUGAUGAUGAUGAUGAUGAUGAUGAUGAUGAUGAUGAUGAUGAUGAUGAUGAUGAUGACAAUGAUACCCCGAAUCGAUGACAAGGAGUUGAUUUAUUUUGACCCACAGAGAUGUUCAAACGCAUUGUAUAACCAAAAACCAUCUGCUUUCUAUGUUUUAUGUUCUGUUUGUUUAUUUCUUCUUUUUUUUUUUUUUUUUACUUUUUUAGUUUGUGACUUGUUGUGUUUAGGUGAAAUAUGUGUCCUUGACUGGUGUGAAAGUUUUGGGUGGGAUAUCGGGGUGGUGGGGAUCAGUGCUUACCUAACUUCAAACGUUUUCAUGGUGUACUGUACAUGUCGAUUUAGAUGUCUGUAAUUUACACAUUUCCAGCUCCGAUUUUGUGAGGCUAUUGAACAAACUGCUACUGUUACGCUACGAGUCCUGUCUGCUUUUGUACAGUGAAGCUUUCUGUCUCCAUUUAGUGUAUAAGGACCAUUACUUUGAAUAUCACAAAGGAGCCAAAAUACAUAUCAAGUGACGUUACAUUCAAAAAAAGUGAAGUGUCUUAUGAACUGUUAAUGGUGGUGCAACAGGGAAUGUCCCUUUUCAUAAAAACCAUUUAAAGUUCCUAUAAAAAAACAAACAUUUUUUUAAGAAUGUAUUUGUAAUUUUAUUGUCGUCCUCUCUGCAGUUUAUGUGGAAAUAAGCUGUGCUUAAUGUGGGCUACUGUACUCGUUGUGUACUUUAUUAAAUUUGUAUACACUGUGCGAAUGAGGGGCAGUUUUUUUUUUUGUUUGACUGGCACAACUUCUGAAGCUGUUGUGGUUUAUGUGAAAGAACUGGAUUUUUGUCUUUUAAAUGUUCUUUUGUGUGUUCAAGACACAUAGCACUAGUGACUCUGCAAUAGGCAUGGGCCAGUUACCCAGAAAAA